CAUCGGCGCCGAGCAGCUUACCCAAAUGCACGGCAGCGAUGCUCGGCACCGCGGCAAGAGGGGAGGAUAUAUGCCAAUGCAGCCGUCCGCCUCACUUCUGCCACUGGGAGGGCGGCCACACGCGACAGCUCUACGCCUGUGGCGAGGGCCGUUCUUGCCUUCCCCGCAGCCCAUCACAGACGAGAAUGGACGCCUCGUUAGCUCGACAGGCGCGGGCAACCCUGCAGCGCCCAAGACCCUUUCAAGCUAAAGCUGCUUGCUUGAGAGGGGAAGAAACUUCACCUCACGCAGAAGAAAGCGUCCUCCUCGCACGGCAUCUUGCAUACCACGAAACGCCUCGUCUGAGGGAGCCCCGCCGCAUUCCACCGCGGCCACCGCAAACAGGAGCCGGAACUCCCCUCCGCGCUGCCAUUCCGCAGCCGCGCGGCGCGGGCGGCACGGAAGACCGCGCAGCAGCAUGGGUCCCCAGACUUCCUGGCGCAGCGCCGUGCCCCAGCAAGGAGGGGCUAGUCAACGCCGCGUGCCAACAACGACGCCGCGAGGGACGCGCCGCCGGCCCCCGGCUUCCCCCGGCAACGCUGGACACGAGACCCCCGGCGCCGCGAUGGGGCGACCAUCAUUUCCGGGCAGUGGGCGUGCGGAGGCUCGUUUCCUUAACGGGAGCGAUCGCUGUGGCUUUUUAA